AAACACAAAUUUAAUUACAUUGCCCCCAACAAAAAGGAACUGCAUGCAUAUAACGAAUUUCUAAGCCAGAGUAUUAACCUUGACAGCUUUAUUCGGUUGGAAUUCAAUUAAACACAAACAACUCAUGUGUAAUUAGAGAGAUAACGAGGAAAAUAACAGAUCUAAAUGUCCGAGCGUUCCUGAGAAAGGGAGGAUCUCUGAUUCUAAUUUUCGCAGCUUCAUCUCCAGCCUCUAAUUUCCCCUCCCAACUUUCUCGCUAUCUAUUAAUACUUAAUUCUCUUCUGCUUCAUCCCAAAUUUCAUUUCCUUUUUCAAUUCCUCUCCUCGGCAAUCCAUCUCCCAUUCCCCCCUCACAAUUAUACAAUAAUGGCGACGUCGGCGUCCUUCCGUCAACAGAUGGCGUUAGCCCUCGUAUUGACAUUGGCGCUCAGCUUGUGCGUCCUCCCGUCGACGGUGGAAUCCUCCUGGUGGAGGCACUCGGUGGACGGCGACGUCUGCAGAGGGAUGAGCGACCCGGACCCGGAGUCCUGCCCUGUCUCGUGCCUCAUAUCCGACCCGGUCUGCGGCGCCGACGGCUACACCUACUGGUGCGGCUGCCAGGACGCGAUGUGCUCCGGGACCCACGUCGUCCGAUCCGGAGAGUGCUGAAAAAAAAAACACCGGAGUUGCAAUCCGUUUCCCAAACGGAAAAACGAAACCCGCCGUCUGUCUGUAUGCGCAAUGUUUUUUUCUUUUUUUUUUAUUCUUUUAUUCAUUGACUCCAGUUCUUUGAUUUUCAGUGUUCCUUUUGUAAGUUUCAGUGUUCAUUUGUACGUUCUUUUGCCCUUCAGAUUCUGUGAUGCAUGUGUUUCAGUGUUCAUAUUUUACAUAUAAUAUAUAUCCAUAUACAUACGUGACCUCAAAUCAUGUGGCUAACUAUAUAUCUCCAUCAGACUUUACUCAAUUUUUUAUUUUUUAAGUUUGUGGUAUGAAGGUAGGUAAAUUUGAUUUAUGUUCUUAUUAAUUGAAUUUUUUUAAAAUUUAUCUUUUGAUUUUUUUUAAUUUAAAUAAUUUAUUUUACUUGUACGAGCAUCGAGCGAGAGAGACGAGAAAGGGUGGUAAUUGAUAUACGGGAGAGAUGGAGAGAGGUGGAAGCUGCGGAUCUGGUUGUCGUCGACGCGAGAGAGAGGAAUCAAUCCGAGUAACUAGGGACAAACAACACAUCUUACUACCAUUCAGCCAAACGAGUUAUUUUUUUUUUCCAAAACAAAUCACGUAAGCAAUCAAUCCCAACCUUUCCUAAGGAAUGUUGAUUGUAAUAGAUUUUGUUAUUCUAUCCUCAAUAUAUGAUAGAGUUUUGUGUACUUUUCCCAUUUUAAAUUUCUUGCAAUCGAAAUGAAAGUAGGUAAGACAAUUUGGUUGAACCCUGCUCAACCUCCCCAAGCCCAUAUUCCUCUCAUCAUCGGCAGCUGCAUCCUCGAGCUCCUCGCCGUAAGCCUUUUUCAAUAGAGUUCCAUAAUAUAACUUUUUGUCCAAAGAGUACUUGACUGGGAGCGCUUCUACACGUUCAACUUCUAUCCUAUUGUCUUCCUCAGUAUCCUUCUUCAUUCUCUUCCACCAAUAGAGAAAGUAGCCAUCAACACCACAUAGUCGUACUGACACUGUGGGUUUUUUUCUAAACUUCCAGCGAUUUAUUUUUCGAGUAAUGACUAUUUAUUAACCAAACCUUUUUUGGAUUUUUUUUUGUUAAUCAAACCUAUCAAAAUACUAAGAAUUAGCCAAAUGUUAACUUUCAGUUAGCAAUUUUGUUAGUAAUAUUGACUUGGCAACAUGAUACUCACUUGGAAGAGACACAUGAAGGUUAGCAUUCCAAAAUUUUAGUAUUUUAACUAAGAAAAGAGUUACAAAAUUAUUAAUGAUAACACAUAAAAAUUGGUUAAUAUUUUGAAGCAUUGCGAAAGAUUUGGCUAAUUAAUAGCAUUUUAAUAGGUUUAGAUAAUAUAAAAGAAUUCGAAAA